GAGCCUCGUCCAUAGGCAGCUUCCCUCCAUGCACCAAACAAUGCGAGGCUACACGUGCAGACCGGCAGCGCGCGUAGAGCAAACUUCAAAGUCGUUUGAAAUCAUUCUUGAACAACUUACCUUCUCUUAUGAUAGUUACAAUCUUUCUAAUCCACCAGCACUCUAAUUCAUAACUACUGACCUCAGUCCCGCUUCCCAAUUUCCGUCCCACCAGGCCCCUAAUUUCAGCUAUGGCUCGUAAAAACAAGACCAAGAAAUCCGGCAAGGCGGUCGACGCCAAGAAGAGCACCAAGGCUGAAAGGAAGGUACAGAAAGCAGAAGAGCGCAUCCUAGAUGAGGCCGUCAAGACCGCAAAGAAAGAGCGAAGGGAGCUCGAAGACGCGAAGCUCAGGGAGCAGUUCCAAACGGAGAUCCAACAGUCUUCCAGGGGUUCCAAUAGUGAGGAAAAGCCCGAUAGCUCGAGAUCGGCGAGAAAGCGCACUAAGACCGAGAGCAAGAGCGUACCUCAACUCAGCAAGGAGGAAUUUAUAGAAAUGGUGGAGCGUCGUAUCGCCCAGCUUGAGAAUGACGAACUGGACACGGAACUCGUAAAGAGGGAACCACUAAGAAGAUUGUUGAGCUACCGUGACACCCUUAGGCGCGGUCGACAUGGAAAUUUGGACUCCGAGCAGGCUUCAGAGAGCAAUGGAGAUGCCCCGGUGGACAAUGCGAGGCUCUCCGCGCUUCGUCAGCUUCUCGAUCCUCUUCAUGAAGCUGACAAUGACAAUGACGAUGAAGACUGUACCGAUGUAGAGACGCUCGACGAAAAAGACAACGAAGCCGCCUUCCACGAAGGUACCCAUGGCGAAGAUUCCCCCGACGGGGAUACCCACGACCAAGAUUUCCCUAUGGAAGACCCAUCCGAGCAUAUAGCUAACCAAGGUAUUUCAAGACGUGUCUCAUUGAGCAUUGAUCUGGAUAUGCCUCCAGAUAUCGCACCCCGACGGGGCUCACAGCCGUCCACGCCUGAUACGGAGCCAGAGGAGGACCCUAUUUACCGGCUGUCCUUGCAUUCGGAACCGAACGCGAUCAGUGAUACGUUGAUCAAGCCCUCCGAUGCAACUGAAGAUCCUGCAGAGGAGCCAGCAGAUAGUUCUCCUAACGAAGAGGACGAGGGGCGCGUCCAGGAGAUCAGGGAUAAUUCUAGCGAAGCUAAGAUGUCAAUCAAUGGUUCCCGGGCAAUCGAAGCUCUGAAAGAGGAUCUAACAGAUGAGACCAUCCGCAAGGAAGAGGAGGAAAAGCGCGACCAGGAAAUUACGGAUAGCUCUAGCAAAGUUGAUGUAUCAACCGAAUCUUACAGGGCAGUCGAAGAUUUGGAAGAGGAUCCAAUAGACGAAACCAUCGGCGGGGAAGACGAGGUGGGCAUCCAGAGCGUCGAGGAUAGUCCCACCGAAGGUGCGAUCGAUGAUAAGCCACUAGAAUCUUCUGAUGCAGCUCAAGGUCUCGAAAAAGAGGCAGCACUUAAAAGCCCUGGUGAAGAGAUCGCGCCUGCGCAUGAAGAGCCAGUUGAAGAGCCUUCUCAGCCAGCUGAUGCAGCAGAUACUUUGGACGUGGAAGCUAGCGAGGAUCUUCUUACGGCCAAAGCCGCACCAGAACUUGGCCCAACUACUGACGAACCGUCUCCUAACACAGAGGAAUAUGACGAUGAUGUCCAUAGCAUUCAUGGUAGCCCCAGCCAGAAUGACAUGUCGACCGAACCUUCCGAUGCACUUGAUGGCAAAGAGAUAUCCGGCGAUUUUGAUAACGAAGAGAAGGUCGUCGAGGGUAUCAACCACGAUCCCAGUGAAGAUGACCCGCCCAUCCAAUCUUCCGGCACGAUCAACGAUUCCGAAGAGGAGAUAGCAGGCGAACCUCAUGACGAAAGGGAGGCCAUGGAGGGUACCAAUCACGAUCCCAGCGCAGAUGACAUGCGUGUUGAAUCUCCCGGCGCAGUGAACGAGACCGAAGAGGAGACACCCAGCGAGCCUCAUAACGAAGAGGAGGUCGUCGAGGGUAUCAAACAUGGUCUUAGCGAGGACAACCUGCCCAUAGAAUUUUCUAGCGUAGUCACCGAUUCCGAAGAAGAGACAUUCGGAGAAAUCUCCAGUGAAAAGGAAGAGGAGGUCUCCCAGGAAAUUGUGGAGCAAUGCAGCGAAAAUAAUUUGUCACUCCAAGCCUUCGAUGCCAUAUGGAAUUCUGAAGAAGAGCUAAACAAACUUCCCCUUGAAGAGGAGGAGGGCAUCCCCGACAUUGAAGGCAGUUCUAGUGAAGCUACCUUUCACGGCGAUGUAGAAUCCGAGGAAACGGCUGGUGACGACCAGGACCCAAAUCCUACAUACCAACCUAUGUCAGACAACGACAUUUCUCCCGCAGAGUAUAAUCGUCGGAUCGACGAGUAUCUGAAAGCACGGCUAUUUGAACCACGCGAAUGGGGCAGUACGUAGAGACGCUUGUGUUUCAGUCAGUAGGUGCCUUCUGACAUGUCCUGCCCGGCGUGUUGGCGAUGAAUAGUCAUGAAAUGUCUAUGAUCGAUUUAUUGGAGGGACUGGCGGUUCGUUUUUCCUGUUCCAUAUUUCAGAUAGUGAACAUAGAUAGGAGUGUACAGUGUUUCCAUAGGGCAGCACCGUUGAGGCAAGCACGGUGAUCCAGUCUUCUUGUUUCAUUAGUAAUGAAGAGGGCCAGGACACAUCGAAUGAAAAAAAAAAAACCGGCC